AUGUCCGAGGACGUCGCCGCGGCCUGGGCGGACCUGCCCACACCCGAGCGCCUGCCGGUACGCACGAUGCUGGAGGAGUUUGAGACCGUAAACGUGCUAGCGCCGCUGGUACGCUGCUCGAAAUUGCCCUUCCGCCACCUCGUGUCGCUGUACGAAACGCACGUGACCCACACCCCCAUGAUCCUCGCGGAGGAGUUCAGCCGGAGCCAGCAGGCACGUGUGAGCGACCUCACGACGAGCGCGGACGAGCGCGGCGUGUUCUGGAUGGAGCCGCGGCGGCGCCCGCCACGAGUAUCCGACACUGACGCACUCGACGCGCUCGCGGCGCUGCGCCUCGCCGACCGGGAUCCCGACGACGGCGACGACCCGCGCCCGCCCUCCUAUCCCGCACCUACGCCAGUGCGCGUCACCAAAACGCUGCACGCGCCGCGCGUCACCUCGCGGCUGCCGCCGUCUCCCACUCCGCCGUCCCCCGACGCGAGGCUGGUGCGCGGCGCGCUCGUCGCGCAAAUGGCGUCCCCGAACGGCGCGAGUCUCGCGGACGCCGCCGAGCUCCUCGCGCCGCACGUCGACGGGCUCGACAUCAACUGCGGGUGUCCGCAGCGCUGGGCGUACGCCGAGGGCAUCGGGUGUGCGCUGCUGCGCCGCCCCGAGCUCGUCGCGGACAUGGUGCGGUGCGUGCACGGCCGCAUGGGCUGGGACUGGCCCGUGAGCAUCAAGAUCCGCGUCGACCCGGACCUGCGGCGCACAGAGCAGCUCGUGCGCACCGCCCUCGCGGCGGGCGUGAGCCAUGUCACCGUGCACGGCCGCACGCGGCACCAGGCGUCCACGGAGCCGGUGAGCCUCGACAAGCUCGCGUUCGCGGUCGAGUGUGUGCGUGGAGAAGUGCCGACGGUCGCGAAUGGCGAUUUGUGGGAUCUCGCGGACGCACAGCGGAUGAGGGCGCAGUGCGGCGUGCAUGGCGUCAUGGCGGCGCGGGGGUUGCUGGCCAACCCCGCGCUCUUCGCUGGCUACGACCGCACGCCAGUGCAUGCCGUCGAGAACUUUGUCAACCUCGGGGUGGAUUACGGCUUCAUCUUUUCGCUUUUCCACCGCCAUCUGGCGUACAUGUUGGAAAGCCACUUCGUCAAGCCAGAGAAAACGUACUUCAACGCGCUCUCCUCGUCUGUCCAGGUUGUCGAGUACCUCCAGACACGGGGGCUAGACUUUGGCGCGCGCCGCAAGGUGCCUAUGUGGGACGCGAGGAGGGGAUACUCACUAUUCUGA